AACUAACGGUGCUUAGUGGGUAGAAAUCAUCGGAACGGGGACCAAAACCCCAAAUAUCACCCUCCCCGCCGGUUUCUUGUUCGUGAACGUGUAGGCUUACAGCUACAUCCAGAGUUCAUCGAACAUGGGUGGUAAGGGUAGGGGCGGCAGAGCUCGUACUCAAAGAAAGCAUUUUCGCGACAACAGAGAGAACGUUUGGAAGCGUCCAAGGCCCGAUCCUAACUCUGCCAAUGACAAUGACAAGGAUGGUAAUGGUAAUGGGAAUGGCAAGCCCUGGGAGCCUUUCGAAUCUCAAAGUCCCGCGUUCAAUGAGUAUUACAAGGAGCAAUUUAUUGUUACUGCGGAAGAAUGGGAUACGUUUAUUGAGGUUCUUCGGAAGCCAUUGCCUGCCGCUUUUAGGAUCAAUUCUAGUGGACAGUUCUGUGAAGAAAUACGUGCCCAGUUACAAAAUGACUUCAUGAAAUCUCUUCAAGCCGAGGUCACUGAAGGUGAUGAAGCUGUGGCUAUUAGACCGUUACCUUGGUACCCUGACAAUCUUGCGUGGCAUUCAAAUUUUUCAAGAAUGCAAUUGCGGAAGAACCAAGCUCUUGAGAGGUUUCAUGAGUUCUUGAAGCUAGAAAAUGAAAUUGGGAACAUUACAAGGCAGGAGGCUGUUAGCAUGGUACCUCCUCUUUUUCUUGAUGUACAUCCAAAUCACUAUGUACUCGACAUGUGUGCUGCUCCAGGCUCCAAAACAUUUCAAUUACUUGAGAUCAUACACCAGUCCAGCAAGCCUGGAUCUCUACCUGACGGAUUGGUAGUGGCAAAUGAUUUAGAUGUCCAAAGAUGUAAUCUUCUCAUCCACCAAACUAAAAGAAUGUGCACUGCCAACCUCAUUGUUACGAAUCACGAAGCACAACAUUUUCCUGGAUGUCGAGCACAUACCAAUUUGUUCAAUGCUUCUGCAUCAGGGAGUGAAGUAAAACCUCAUAACACUCAACUUACCUUUGAUCGUGUUCUAUGUGAUGUUCCCUGUAGUGGAGAUGGUACUCUUCGCAAGGCUCCGGAUAUAUGGAGGAAAUGGAAUUCUGGGAUGGGUAAUGGUUUGCAUGGCUUACAAGUGCAGAUAGGCAUGCGAGGUGCCUCUUUACUUAAAGUUGGUGGAAGAAUGGUUUACUCAACCUGCUCAAUGAAUCCUGUUGAAAAUGAGGCCGUUGUUGCGGAGCUUCUGCGGAGAUCUGGAGGCUCUCUUGAACUCAUUGAUGUCUCAAAUGAACUUCCACAACUUGUUCGUCGUCCCGGUCUCAAGAAAUGGAGGGUGCGUGAUAGAGGUGUAUGGUUAGCAUCCUACAAAGAAAUUAUUGAAGGUCGCCAGAGUGUGGCAAUUCCAAGCAUGUUUCCUUCUGGUAGAGGCCGUAAGAACCAAGCAGACAAUAAUGACAACUCAGAAUUGGGGGUAAAUCAUCUGGACGGUUCCAUUGGCAGUUCUGUUGAUGUAUCUGAGCCAAUAAUGGAUCCUGUAGAUGGAUUUGAUGAGGUUUGUGAAUUUCCUAUCGAGCGUUGCAUGAGGAUAGUGCCUCAUGAUCAAAAUAGUGGAGCCUUCUUUAUUGCAGUAUUACGCAAAAUUGCCCCUUUGCCAGCUACUUUCGAAAAACAAACUUCAAAGUCUUCAAAUGAUCGGUCUCGUUGCAAGCUUCCACAGACUAUUGCGGAUGGUGAGAGUGUGGAAGUUGAUGCAGCAGUUGGGAUGGAUGAAAGCUCCUCAGAAGCUGGGAUUAUUUCAAAUAAUCAAGGGGAACCCAGUUCUGCAGACAAACCAGCUUGCGAACUUCCAGUUCAUGAUAAUAAAGAUGCAGAUGGUUUGGACACUAAUGCAGGCGAUUCGGAGGCCAAGUUAGUUGAUAAUGAGGUGGAUGAAAAUAAUUUGGAAGUUGCUGCUAUAAAAAUUUACUCAGAGGAGUCUAAGCAGCCUGAUGAUGGUGAAGUGGAUCCUACAAAAAGCUCUGCGAAGAGAAAGUUACAGAUUCAGGGGAAGUGGAAGGGUGUUGACCCUGUUGUACUGUUCAAUGAUGAAACCGUUAUUGAUAGCGUAAAGACAUUUUACGGUAUUGAUGAGUCUUUCCCAUUGGUUGGCCACCUCGUGACUCGAAAUAGUGACACUAACCAUGUGAAAAGAAUCUAUUACAUAUCCAAGUCUGUUAAGGAUGUCCUUGAGUUGAAUUUUUCAGUUGGGCAGCAGCUUAAGAUAACAUCUAUUGGUCUGAAGAUGUUUGAGAGGCAAUCAUCAAGAGAAGGUAGCUCUGCGCCAUGUUUAUUCCGUAUAUCAUCAGAAGGAUUGCCUGUGAUACUCCCGUACAUCACCAAGCAAAUCCUAACCAUUUCUCCCGUGGAUUUCAAGCAUCUAUUACAAUAUAAAAGUGUUAAAUAUGCAGAUUUUGUUGAUUCUGCGUUUGGUGAGAAGGCAUCAAAUCUAAUGCUAGGUUGCUGUGUGGUAGUUUUGGGUACAGGAACUAACACCUCUUCGGACGAUAUCAAAGUUGACUCGUCCACUAUAGCCAUUGGUUGCUGGAAAGGGAGGGCCAGUCUGAGUGUUAUGGUGACAGCAAUCGAUUGCCAAGAACUGCUUGAAAGGCUUUCGAAUCGACUUGAAAAUGAUUUGUAAGGAAGGCACGGCUUCUUCUGACGUUGAAGCUUAAUCUAAUACUUGAAUGAAAGUUAUGGGAGAUGAUAGUAAUAAGUGGGAUUAGUUUAGCAACUUCAGUUCAAUUGUAUAAUUUAGCGAACUUAAGCCUUACUAUUGCUUCUAGUGUACCAAUAUUUAUAUAGUGGCAGCAGGUUGAUGUGAUCUCUUAGGAGGAUUUGUGUUGGAAGGAGGAUAUUUUCAAAACAAAUUUUGUGUAAUAUUUUUUCUCAGGCUCUCUAUACAAUUUUUAAAGGAUAUAUUACUGACCCUCAGGCUUUACAUCA